ACUGGCGGGGCAUUGGGCUGCCCCGCGGUACAUGGCUGUGAGUGCGGUGUACAGAAGAGCGUCUGGUAGGAACCAGGGCUGUUGGAUGAGAACUGGAACAUCAGCCCAUCGAGGCAACACUAGCUACGGAGUGGUCUUGCUCUCCUGAGUCUAUGCGCUUGUCUUCCGCUUGCCUGUCUGUUCGGUUGCUUGCCUCCUUAACUCAGCUCUUGUUGUUUACUUCUGCUUAUCACCCUCUCUAUCCUCGGUUGGUCGCAAAGUCCAUCGAGUCUAUUGAGGCGGGAUCUGCCCCUCGUGCCUCCAAGCACAGCCUACAUACUGCAACGGCCCCCAUCUCGUUGGUGGGGGUGAAGGAGAAACUGUCUCGGAAUCGUCCAUUGCUUUCUUACCCUUCUCUGCUGAUACAACACUAAUCCCGCGGGCGCUCUUAGCCGGUAUACUUGCUUACGUCUCCUGAUAUCUUUCGUCAUCUCUACC